UCCAUUGUUUGUUCAGAUUUACCUGCCUUCAGUAAUCUAACAUUUUGGUUCAUUGUGAUAAACAUUAAAAACUGAUCUCGUUCUGACUACUCGCUUACGCUCCUGUAUUUGUGACCAUUGUAAUUGAUGAGCUGCAACAGACAAGGAAAUGUCUAGUUCUCUAAACUUAAGCCAGACCUACUUGCUGAUAGGCAAAACCGGCAUCGGAAAAAGUACCACCGGAAAUUUAAUUCUAGGUGAAAACUUGUUCAAGAACAGUGAUUUUGCAUUAUCAGAAACGAAUCAAAUUCAAGUCCAAAGUGCUACUGUAGAUGGUUACAAUCUAACUGUUGUUGAUACACCCGGAGUGAUGCACACUGGCUUGGACCUGGACGCAAUCAAGUUAAAAACUUGCAACGAAAUGAAAGAAGCGGUCAGCAAAUGUCCAGACUAUGGCAAGUUGGCGGUCGUUAUUGUGAUGAAGUAUGGUGACCGUUUCACAGAAGAAAAUAAAACAACCGUUGAUAUUCUGAAACAAAUGUUUGGAGAAGAAAAUUUGUGCAAAUCUUGUGUUAUUAUCAUGACCCACGGCGACAUGUUUGCUUUAAAUUACCAGCAAGAGAAACAGUUCAAAGAUUGGAUGGCAGAGCAAACGGAAGAACUGGGUCAAUUGUUUUCAUUAGUUCAGUAUAGAUGUCUUCUAUUUAAUAACAAAUGUAAAGAUUCAGCAGAAGUUAACCAACAAAGGCAAACAAUCAUCGACUUAGUGAACGAUUUAGAUCAAGGUUACACCAAAACGCAAUUUUCCCGCCUAAAGAAACAACAUCACAGACUCCUGUUUGAAACACAAUUUCCAAAGAUGCAAAAGGAAUGUCAACAGAAGAUACAGGAACUAUUUGAUUUGUUUCAUUCUAUUUCCAGGUCACAGAGACGCCCAUUUAUGUUUGAUGAUCUGCUAAAAAAUAUAAAGAAAUAUUUAGAAGAAUUAAACAAAGCGGAUGACCCUGGAACUAUUUUUUAUCUCGAAGGUGAACCGCGAUUCUUUGAUGCGUUACGAGGUCAAGUAAUCAAACUACAAACAAUGAUUGAGAAAGACAACGAGUUUGAUAAGAAUAAAAAAGAGCUUGACAAAUUUAUUCAUAUAUUCGAGAUUUUUAUUGAAGAGAAAAACUUUGACAAACUUGCUUCUGUCGAGAAGAAAUUCAACUCUUUCUCGGUCAGGAUGAAAUGUAAUAAAGACUUUUAUAACUCUCUCAAGGCGAAAUUAAAAAUAGCAACAGGGAAAUUACUCAAAUCCAAACAAUCAGAGGUUGCCAUGUCGCUAGGAGGUAUGCUUAAUUCGCUACGCAAUACUUUGAUGAGAACUAAAGUCCCAACAGAAGAUGCAACUUUCUGCGAAUUUUUCGGUCGACUAACUAGGAUAAGAGAUUGUAUUGAUCAAGAGAAUCGAAAGCUUGGGGGACUGGACAAUCUACUGGACGACGCUCGAGACUUGAAAAAACGUAUAGACUAUCUUAAAGAAGACAACGCUAUGUCUAAACGCUGGACUAGGACUUCUGGCAUUAUGGCAGGAGUUAGCAUAGCCACUGGUUUUAUCCCCGUUGUUGGCCUGGCUGUGUCAGCAGCAUUGAAUAUUGUACCGGUAGUUGGCAGAUCUAUGGAAACAGUCAAAGUUCGAUCUCAAAGAUCGGAUGAUUUAGCUAAUUCGUCAAACUUCAGAAAUAACUUCACGUUCUUGUUGGUUGGAAAAACUGGGAGUGGCAUAAGUUCAACAGCGAACACAAUACUGGGACAGUAUGCGUUCAAAACCAGCGAUAAGACAAAAACAAAAACAUCCCGAGUGCAAGCCAAACAAGCUACAGUUGAUGACAUGAACCUAACUGUUGUUGAUACACCUGGUCUGAUGCGCACAGGUCUAACCUCUGACGAAGCUAAGUUAAGAGCUUGCAAAGAUUUGCAAGAAGCAGUUGAUCUAAUUCCAGACCAGGGUAAAAUGGUUGUAAUAAUAGUCAUUAAGUAUGGUGACUAUUUCACUGAAGAAAACAGAACAAUGAUUCACAUUCUGAAACAAAGGUUUGGUGAAGGAAAGUUUGGUCAGUCUUUCGCUGUGGUCGUAACUUAUGGCGAAUUGCACGAAAUUAAAUCUUUCUAUGGACAAACGUUCAAGCAUUGGCUUGAAAGUCAAAAGACAGAUCUAGCCCAUUUGCUGUCUCUAGUCAAGUACAGGUGCGUUAAAUUCAAUAACAAAUUAAAACAAGCCAAUGAGAUACAAUCCCAAAGAAGUAAGCUCAUUAGCUUAGUUAAAAGCAUGCAUCACUUAAACUGCAAAGAACACUUCUAUAGAAUAAGAAUAGAACAUAACAUACCUACAAAGGAAGCCAAAUCGUCCAAACUGCAAGCCUACUAUACACAGAAAGAAAUAGAAUGGUCAGAGAAACUGUAUUCUAUUAGUUUGACAUCCAGAAAUUUAAACAGUUAUGAACAAUUGCUGAGAACAAUAAGUCAGCAUAUGACAGAGAUGAACCUAACUGAUUCACAUAAUAUUUUUCACAACUCUAAUCGUAUUGAAUACACACUAUCGGAUUUUCCUUUUUUCACCGACAUUAGAAAACGUCUGGAACUCUUAAAACGAAAUGUAAAAAGGGAGAAAACUAUUUUGGAAUACGAACUAGAACUUGAUAAAUUAACAGAUAGUUUAGAUCAAAUUAUUCAUGAGAAUAGAUUUGAUGACAUUGAUCGUUAUGAGAGUCAGAUCAAUGGUCUGUCACGUGCUGAUGCCUGCAAUGAGGACCUCUGUUUUCUGAGGUCAAAAUUAGAUAUAGCCAAAUCAAAAUUAAUGCAAGCCAAACAAAACAAGAUCACUAUCGAGUUUGGCGAAAUGGUAAACAAGCUGAGAAAAGAUACACAAAGAAUUACACUACCUGUUUCAUAUCAAACAUUAAAAUUAUUACACAUUCGUCAGAAUAAUAUAAGAAGCGUCUUCUAUCACCAGAUAAGCAGCAUAGAAGGAUUUGACAAUCUGUUGAACCAGAUGGAUGAUUUAAGACACCAGAUUAAUUACCUCGGUGAAGAUAAUGACAGUUAUAUUUUAUGGACAGUAGUGACUAUCAUUUUGGCUUGUCUAAGUAUUUGUCUAGGUCUAUACAACGAGAUCGACAUAGCGGUGACCGUGGUUAUACUUCUUUUUCCUGUUUUGGGUCGAUGGCUGCAGACAUCAUUUGUUAGAAGUCGCAGAUUAAUGGACCUAGGUAUUAGCACAUAUCAUUAACAAUUUUAUUUCUUCUUGCAAAUGUAUUCUUUUGUUUCAGGGGCACCAACUCCAGUAUUUUCUGCUUUUGCUACAUUUCUCAAAAGUAAAGUAUCUCUUUCAGAUCUUGAAAGCUAUAGGGUAGAUGCUGUACAGGUCUAAAGUCAGCGAGGGUAUCAUGUGGCCAACCCAACGACCAAUCGUCUUUGCUUUUUUUUUUUUUUCAACUAUCGUCAAGUACCAAAGUGAGCUGGUUGGGCAGUGUCUGUUAGGUCACAUUAAGUUUUUCAUACUUUGUCACAUUUCACGAGGUUAAUUAAAAAAUUCAAUAGCUUCUUAAUUAAAGAAGAAAAUCUUUAAGAAUUAAAAUGAUAACCCGAAGCAGCAUGACAGCAAAUUUUAAAGAUGUAAAGAUAAUGUUUGUAUUGAAAAAGAAUAUAUAUUUUAAUGUACCGCUCAUGUUCUACGCCAAAAUGAAUUACGCACACCAAGAGUUGCGAUAACAUGGAAGCCAAAACGAGGAAAGCGCAAACAGGGACGUCCUCGUAUUACUUGGCGACACACCUUCAUGGAGGACCUCAGAACAGUGGACACCAGGUGGGAGGAGGCUUCAGACAUUGCCAGGGACAGAUCUUUAUGGAGACAGCUUGCCGCCCAAUGCGCCGAACGGCGCGGGAGGACCUAAGUCUAAGUCUAAGUACCGCUUGAGUUAAGCCAGACUUCAUUUUUGAAUAAUUGAACUUUCUACUUAUGUUAAUGUCAAAAUAUUAUUUUUCAAUGUUUAAUAUUAGAAACUUGUAUAUAUAUAUAUAUAUAUGACCCUGCAUUACACACUAUCAUUAGGCCAAAUGUGAUUUAUGUUGAUUAACAUAGGAACGAUACUGGAUGGCGUCUACGAAAACACUUUGUCAACUUUUAUUAUGAGAACGUAGACAGGAACUCAGACGGAGAGAGCUGAAGGUAAGCGGAUGACUUAGGGAAAGAACUGGGCUCGAUAAAAACCUUAAGUGUUCGAACUAUAGAAGGACAUAGACAGUUUCAAAAAACAACACUAAUGAAUCAGGUAACCAAACAAAAGUCCCAGAUGGAAAAGCAAGUCAAUUCUAAAAUCUGUGUUUUGGACGGUGUUUCGAUUACAGUGAAUUGAUUAUAUAUAAUACUGCUCAAACUUAGCCAACAGCGAGCCCAAAGUACCUCAACCAAAGGAGCCUACCAAAACACUAGUUUAAUAUAGAAAUAGAACAACAAUAAUGCGAUAACAAAUAUCCAACUAUCCAACUAGAGUGCUCAGUAAUAAAAGCACUUCUUUCUUGUUGACAUCCUAGAUCUAAUUAUCGGCCAUCUUCGACUUCCUCUCUCUUUGGGCGUGUCUCUGUCCUGUGUCUCAUGGUGCACAGUCUCGCACCUAAUGACAGUGCGCAAUGUAGAGUCAUUACAAUUAUAUAUAUAUGCUUUAACUGAAGUUGUUUUAAUUGUUCAAAAAACAAUUAUUAUUGUGAUGGAUACUGUCACAAUUGAUAAAUAUAAAUGUUAUUUAACGUUAGAAUUGUAUUUUAUUUAUAUACUAUUGUGUAUGAUUGUGUUUUGUAUUACACUAUGGUUCUCUAUGUUAGAGAGAAUUUAAAAUUGUUUGUUUUAAAAUCUGAUAAUAUAUUUGAUGAUUUGUAUUUUGGACCCGGGGGGGGGGGGGUUGUUACGUGCGCAUCGUAGUGUAAAUAUGGAACGGUGCGAAUGCGUGUUGAAUGGAGUGGAGAAUCUAAAUGAAGGAAUAGAAACAAACUAGUGUUGACAGUGUUAAUUAAGAUUAAUUUAUUUAUAUUGUUAUAACUCUGCCAUUCGCACCGCCAUCUAAGCUAGAAGGUGCGCACUGUGAUAAACUAGACUGGAAAGGAUGUCAACAUUAGAAGAGGAGAACGAUUUCCGCCCAAGUAGAGAGGCCAAUAUGGAGAGAUUGUGCCUAAGAUAGAUGUUGUUUUGUGUACCUGUGAUGUCGUGUACAUAAACGUCUAUGUCUCGUUGAGUUGCCUCACUUAAGUUAUUACAAUAUACUAUGACUUUGUCGUUUUGGUGUUGGUGUAUGGGUAAAGAGUCUCCUCACAUAAUAAGACGCAACAAAAGUCAAUCAUUUAGUAAUGUUUUCUGAUCGCCAAUGUUGUUGACGAUUGCAUCCUUGGUCUAGAUUUUAUGCUGGAAUUCGGUUUAUCUCUAGACAUGGUGGAAGUGGAGCUGUACAAUAUGGACACAUUUGAGUUCUCAAUGCUUGAUGGUGGUGUGGAAGGCGUUCAGGUGAAAAGAAUCUUAUUGGUCAAACAUACGACCAUACCAAAAUGGUCUGACCUGUCAGUAGACUGGUAUCAUAAAAGGGACAAACUGGAAGUAAUGACAAGUCUUGCUUUCAGGAUAAAAUAACAACUUUCACAACGAUAAGUACAGACCUGAAAAGAAAGAGCUUGAUCAGCGGUUCUCAACUUUUUUAGUGCGCGACCCCCUAAUACAAUCUACCACUAUGCAGCGACCCUUAAAAGUAAUUUAUUUUUCGUUCAUAGGCCUAGGUAAAUGUAAAUUUGCAAAUUGUUAUCGUAAUGUCUAUAUUUGAUCUAUGACAUAUGUAUUUUCAUUGAUAGACGCUGAACACAGAAAAAGCGUAUGUUAUAGUAAAUUGUGUAAAAUAAAUGUAUAAAUGUAUUGUAAAAUUAAAUUGCUGCCAAGAAAAAGUAUCCUUAAAAGAUGCAUUUAUUAAAUUUUCUAUUGCGUA